AAAGCCGCCGAAGAAGCACCGCACGCUUUAUUAUUUUGUCGCCACGGACCCCACGUCACUCGCGGUUGAAACGUCAGCGUUCUUAUCAACGACGCCGUUUUGCUUCCCACUUCAGCUUCUUUCUCCCUCCUCCUCUUUAGUCUUUUCACUCUGAUCUCUCUGAGAAAAAAAAAACUUCUCCUUUUGGUGUUCAAAGCAAAAAAAAAAGAGAGAUUCCUCUUUGUAUCACGGAAACCAAAAUCAUCACUUGAUUCCAUGUCCGGAAAAGGUCUCUCUCCGGCGUCGUUCACCGCGCCGCCGAUGACUAUCCAAGAUGCCGACCCGUUACGCUUCCGGGUCGGCGAACAGGACCCUAAAACCCGUGAAUUCGCCGCCUUUAUCGGCGACCAGCACCGGUACUUCGCGGCGGCGGCAGCCGCCGCAGCUGCGUCGGCGAACCCUCACCCUCACAAUCAUCUCGAGUUCCAUCAGAAUUUCUACUCGGAGAGCGGAAACCCUAACGACAGCGGUGGAUCAGACGGGGAGGAGGACGUUGAAGAAGAAGAAGACGAAGAGGAUGAUGACGUGGGCGGAAACGAAGGUUGUGAUGGUGGUGGCAUGAACAAAGACGUUGGUGAAGAUAGUGGAGCUGUGACAGCGGUUGCACAAGACAACAACAACGCAGCUUACUACUCGCAGCAGUUUAAGACAAUGGAAGCGAGUUUUGUUUCUUCUUCUAGGCAUGAGGAAUCAUCAUCAGUCGCUGCAGAGAAUGGGUGUGAUGUUAGCGGCGGCAGAAGAGACGCUUCGUCUACUUCUUUGAGCAGUUCAAUCGAGUCUUUGAGGACCAUCUUGUCUGAUCCUAUAACAGGGGCUUUGAUGUCUGAUGCUAUGAUUUUGCCUUGCGGACACACUUUUGGAGCUGGAGGAAUAGAACAAGUUAAACAAAUGAAAGCUUGCUGCACUUGUUCUCAGCCAGUAUCAGAAGACUCGAUAACCCCAAAUCUCACUCUGCGAGUUGCAGUACAAGCAUUCUGCCGAGAAGAGAAGUCGCAGUCGAACCAUUCAUCUAAGCGAAAACGAGAAGGAGGAUUUGAUCAAGAGAGACGCACAUUUUGCGACUCGACUUAUACAAAUCGUUCGAGGAACAGAACUAAUCAUUUCCCUUUUGCUGUGGCAGAUCGAGUUAUAAUAAAGGGAAACAAGAGGACACCACCUCGUUUUGUAGGACGGGAAGCUGUUGUGACUACUCAAUGCUUGAACGGCUGGUAUGUGGUGAAAACACUAGACAAUGCAGAGAGUGUUAAGCUUCAGUAUCGUUCACUGGCCAAAGCCACAGAAGAUCCAUCAGCCAAGGCAACACCAAGCAAGUUGGUCUCCAACUGGCUCUAAACAGACCUUCCUUGUGAAGAGACUGCUUUCUGAUAGUACGUUCACUAUGUAAGGAACCAAAAACUUAUCUACAGAUCCAUAUAGAUAACAGUUACAUAUUGUAAAUUAUUCUAGUUGCUCCAUUGUCAUAUGUUUGAAGAAAUUAGGUACUAGUAUGAUAUAAUAUACAUAGUUAUAUUGCU